AGAAACCUUGAAGUCUAGGUUUCUUGACGGUAAUGAUCUGCAUAAUCGGGAGGAAGAAGUAGCGAUUACAACAUUAUCAAGAGCGACAGAAGAGGUGAAAGAGGUUGUCGGGCUCAGGGAAGAUUUUUCAGAGCAGGGGAAGAUUGAAGAAACACGGAUGAGUCAGACGGAUGAGGGUGGACUGAGGGUGGUGAUUCUCAAAAUGCAGAAUGAGGGAACAAAUGACGCAAAGGUGGAGGAUACUCGUAGCAGAACUGAGGUGUAUCAACAGAGUUCAGAAAGAUGGACGACUAGGCUUCUGGGAGACAGUGAGGUCAAGAGUCAAGCAAAAGAAGAGGUGACAGAGUUGACAGAAUACAUUGGGGAUUUGUCAAAGCAGGGGCAGAUUGCAGGAAGAGAGAGAAGCCCGACAGAGGAGGGGGGGCUGAGGGUGGUGAUUGUCAAAAUGCAGAAUGAGGGGAGCAAUGAAGAAAAGGAAGAGGAUGCGAGUAAGCAAAGUGAAGUGCAGCAACUUUUAAGAGAAACGUGGACGACUAAGUUUCCUGAAGGCAACGAUACAAAGACUCCGGAGAAGGAAGAAGCGUUUCUAGAGGCGGCGGAGGAGGUGGAUGGGACUGUCACGCUGCUUAAGGAGUUCUCAAAGCAGAAGGGGGAGAUUGUGGAAAAAGAAACUAGCAAGAGAGACAAGGGCGGAAAGAGGGUGUUAAUUGUUAAAUUAAGCAAUGAGGGAGGUGGUGAAGAAAAGAUGGAAGAUGUUGGGAGCCAAACUGUAGAAAAAAGUGACAAAUUUAGUGGCCAGAGUUCAGUGAACUGGACAUCUGAUGUUCCUCAGAGCAAUGAUGCAAAGACUCAGAAGAACGAAGAGGCAACUCAAGUAUUUCCAAGGGUUGAAGAAGAGGUGAAACAGGUCAUUGGGCUGCUUCCAGAUCUCUCAACGCGAGUGGAGAGAGCAGAAAAAGAGAUUAGCAAGAGAGAUGAGGAUGAAAUGAAGGUGGUUAUUGUCAAAAUGAACAAUGAAGAAAAGAUGGAGGAUGUCAGUAUCCGAACUGAAGAACCCCAACGACUUAGAGGUCAGAGUUCAGUGAUCUUGACAUCUGAGAUUCUUGAGAGCAAUUAUGCAAAGACUCAGAAGAAAGAAGAGGCAACUCAAGUAUUUCCAAGGGUUGAAGAAGAGGUGAAACAGGUCAUUGGGCUGCUUCCAGAUCUCUCAACGCGAGUGGAGAGAGCAGAAAAAGAGAUUAGCAAGAGAGAUGAGGAUGAAAUGAAGGUGGUUAUUGUCAAAAUGAACAAUGAAGAAAAGAUGGAGGAUGUCAGUAUCCGAACUGAAGAACCCCAACGACUUAGAGGUCAGAGUUCAGUGAACUUGACACCUGAGAUUCCUCAAAGCAGCGAUGCACAGACUCAGGAAAAAGAAGUUCCAACUCAAGUAUUUCCAAGUGUGGCAGGAGAUGUGAAAGAGUUAAAAGAGGUCAUUGGACUACGUGAGGACUUCCCAAAGAUGGUGGAGAUUGCAGAAAAAGAGACAAUCAAAGGUGAUGUGGGCAGCAAAGAAGAAAAGAGGGAUGGAAUAAGUAGCCAAACUAAAGUGCAACAUCACUUAAAACUCCAGAGUUCAGAAACUUCUCAGUUUGUUGAAGGCAAGGAUGCAAAGAUACAGGAGAAAGCUGAAACAACUAAAGCUUUUCCAGAGGUGGCAGAAGAGGUGAAAGAGGUUCUGGAGGAGUUCUCAAAGCAGGGGAAGAUUGCAGAAAAAGAGAUGAUGAGCAAGAGAGACAAGGAAGGCAAGGAUGAAAAGAAAAAAGAAAUCAGUAACCCAACUGAAGUGCAACAAAAGUUCAGACUCGACAGUUCACAAACUUGGACAUCUACGAAGUUCAGAGGCAAUGAUGCAAAGACUCAGGAGGAGGCGGUGGCAACGACCGCUUUUCCAGAGGUGGCAGAGGAGGUGAAAGAGGUCAUCGGGCUGCUUGAAGAGUUCUCAAAGCAGGGGGAAAUUGCAGAAAAGGAGAUGAGCAAGAGAGACGAGGAAGUCAAGGAAGAAAAGAAAGAGGAAAUCUGCCAAACUGAAGUGCAAAAACACUUAAGAGAAACUUGGACGUCAAAGAUUCCUAAAGGCAAUGAUGUGAAGCCUCAGGAGGAAGGAAAAGCAACCGCAGCAUUUCCUCAAGUCAAAGAAGAGGAGCGGGAGGAGAGAAAGGACGAGCUACCGGCCUCACCGGUCGGGCAGGUGAAAACUCUGAUGGCAUGCGACUUUGCUCCACCCUCCAGCGAGCAGCACGGGUCGGGGGAGGGGUCGGAGGGAAACCGGACCGAGAAACGGGAAACAGAAGCCCACCACUAUGGAAAGCAACAACUCCCAAGCCGGGAGGUACAAUAUGUGGCCUUCAAGGACGUAAACAGCUUUGUGCAUAAUCAGACUGCCUCAAGUAACCUGAGCACAGAGAAGGAGCGGAUCACACCUUUAUUUAAAGAGGCAAAUAAACGAGUUUCACGUCUUGCAGAGGCAAACACGAGAGUAAAAGUGAACACAGAAACCACCAGUAGCACGACAACAAGUGCACUCACAGAUACCUCGGGUGUAGUGGAGGUUGUCACAAGCAGCACAGAACUGCAGUCAGACACCACGGGGAUUGAACACAAUAGGGCUCUGCAGAGUAAGAUCGAGUGGGCGGAUUCAAUUACUCAGAGCGUAGACACAAACAGGACAGUGCAAGAACAGGUGGCAGUUGAGCUGUCAGUGCUGAACCAAGACACACACCUUCCCGAUACCCAAGCUGCAGAGAGACGGGAGCAACCGGCAGAAACCAAACCUGACCUGAAUGAGGGGUCCCUGACAGCUUCCCGGGCGCUUAAGGCCGCUUCAGAAAUCCUCACUUCAGAACAUCAGCCCACCGAAGUCGACAAGGAUUCAGACGACAAAAUGUCUUCAGGCUACAGCAGCCUGAGCACCAAACUUUCCUUUAAGACCUCAUCGCCCCCUAAAGAGGAUGAGUCCAGGUAUCGCGUCCAUAAAGUGUCUCUGGUCAGCGAGUCUGACUCCACAGUCAACAGCGAGGCCACAGUGGACUCCUCUGUGCCUGAUUCAAACAGAUCAGAUCAGGACUCAGACUACAAAUGGAGGAACAGGUUCGAGGGAGUUUCUCAGUAUAAACCAUCCGCAACAGAGGAAUUUUCUAAUUCUCCGAGUUACACAGACACCUACUCCAGCCCCUCCUCAUUGUCUUCCUCCUCCUCCUCCUACACGCUCCCUGAGGCUACAGCAUACAAACAUGCAGGCAACGCCUUCUCUUCCUCCUCCUUCUCCCCCUCUUCUGAGGAACACAUCACCCUUGGCAACAGGCUGAGUGACAGAAGCGAAGUUUAUCUGAGCCGUGAGAGCAAGCCAGCUGGAGAGCGGGAGGAGCUUGCUGCACCUGCAAGGGAGAGAGAGAGAGAGGGAGAGUCAGAGAGGUCCAGGUCGAGCUGGGAGUCACAUCUGAGUCCUGCGCCUGGCUCCUUCUCACCUCAACAACCCAGCUACGACCGGCCGGACAGUUUCAGAGACGAGGACGGGGACUCUGCUUUUUUUACAGGAGUGUUCAAGGCCACGCUGGUGGAGCUGGUCUCCGACCCCGCAGCUCCCACCUCCACUCCACCACCGACCUCCCCUGACGCAGACUCCCUCCACCAGUCGGACAUGGACAGCCUCGUGGACACGCUGAAGAGCAUGGGACCCUCCAUGAGGCCGAGGAGUGUCGGCCCACGACCGCCGGCGCCGGUCCUCGUCUCCUCCCUGCCGCCAAUCGUGGAGGAUGCGUCCAGCCCGAUCAGCCUGGACGUCCGUGACUCCAGCAGCAGCAGCCUUUUGAAAAAGAUGGAAGCGGCAAACAAGCCGGCAGAGUCCCUGAACGGACUUUACACUCUGCCUGCUGAUCUGGGACUGAAGAGGAACUCAGGAAGAGACUUUCGUUCUCCACUGGAGCUGAUGAAGCAGAACCAGCAGGAGCAGCACGUUAACUCGCCACAGAGAGCGACGGCCAUCAACAGUAUUGUGAUGAGAAGAUCCUCUGACACUUCUCUUGAGGACUUACAGUCCCCACUGCUGAACGGGAACACGACCUCCCGCCUUGACAACAGUAUGAUCUUUGGGAGCUACAGGUCAGGAUCCAUCGAUCAGAAGCAGGAGAACAGACAAGCUCACCGCCCGCUCUUCCGCACCGGCUCGCUGCCUGACACGGGGCUUUCAAACGACCAUAUGAGCGCGGGGACAAAGGACUCAAGUGAUCCGAGCGCUGCAACAGACCAAACUGGGUCCCGCUUUGACCGCUUCUCCUUCCUUUUAAACAAUUCCUCCUCCACAUCGGGCUCCUUGACUGGAGCCGAAGAUCCCAACAUGCGUAUGAGUCGGCCUCAAUCCCUGGGUUUCACUUCCCCUCCCCCUAGCAACAGCCCCAACCGCGUCCUCAGCCCGACCGGCUCCAUAGACCUCCAUAGGUCGCUGAGCAUCCCAGACCUGCCCUUAUCCAUGUAUUCCCAGAAUCAGAACCAGGGAAUGGGAAUGGGAAUGGGAAUGGGGAUGGGGAUGGGGAUGGGUGGGGGUAUCAGUACAACUCCCCUCCUGCAGAGGAGCUUCAGCAACGAGGGCACCACAGGGGUCCAGCAGACUACAUUGUUCAACAGCGCGUAUGGAGGGUCUCAGUUCCAGAACCAAGAACAGGAGAAGAACUUAGCGUCCAAGUACAGAGCCUUCCCCGACGCCUACCUCACCAAAGAGAAGGAACACGGGAAGCUGAAUCCUCGUCCUGGGAAGAUGUACAUCUUCGACCAGCCGGGGAUGUGCGGCCAGAGGAUCGAGAUACGCAGUGAUGUCACCGACGCUACGUCCUGGGAGCUGCAGGAGACCAUCUCCAUCCGGGUUGUCAGAGGAGGAUGGGUGCUGUAUGAGAAGCCAAACUUUCAAGGGGAGAAGAUCGCUCUGGACGAGGGAGACAUCGAGCUAACGUACCCCUUCGGCCCCCCAGAGGAGGAGCAGCAGCAGCAGAACGGGCUGCAGGAGGGCGAAAAGCAGAACGGAGAGCAGGGGAACGGGGAAACGAGUGACGUGCAGACAGAGAACGAGCCGGCAAGGAGGUUCAUCGUCGGAUCUCUUAGAAGAGCCGUCAGGGACUACAGUGUCCCAGAGAUCAGUCUGUUCCCAGAGGAGAACGCAGAGGGGAAGAAGGUCAUCUUCAGGGACACGUCUGAAGACGCCAGGAUCUUUGGCUUCCCCAUCAAGGCCACCUCCAUCAUCAUCAACGCUGGGCUAUGGCUUGUGUACGCACACCCCUUCUUCCAGGGGGUACCCCGGGUCCUGGAGGUGGGAGGGUUUACUAACCCUGCAGCCUGGGGGGUGGAGAAGCCCUAUGUGGGAUCACUACAUCCACUCAAAGUAGGUGAACCAAGAGUGGAGAAUCUGAGUGAACCAAAGAUCGUGGUCUACGAGAAGCCGUACUUCUCCGGUAAAUCGAGAACCAUAACGACCAACACGAGAGACUUCAUGACCAGAGUGGACAGGCAGCAGGCGGCCUUCAUGUUCAACGUCGGCUCCAUGAAAGUGCAGGGGGGAAUCUGGGUGGGCUACGAGAAGGAGGCCUACAGAGGACACCAGUAUCUCCUGGAGGAGGGGGAGUACCAGGACUGGAGGGUGUGGGGAGGCAGCGAUGCUGAGCUGCGAUCCGUCCGGGUGAUACGAGCGGACCUGACGGAGCCUAUGAUGGUGAUGUUUGAACAGCAAGAAGAAGAAGACCAGGAGGGCGUGCAGGAGGAGAACACCUUCGAGGUGACCGAAGCCAUCCCCGAUGUCGAACUGUUCGAGUACAAAACCUCCACGCGCUCCAUCGAUGUGAUCAGCGGGGCAUGGGUGGCGUACUCUCAUGUAGACUUUUCUGGACACCAGUACAUCUUAGAGAAAGGCUUCUACAAUAACUGUGCAGACUGGGGCUCGCAGGACAAUCGAAUCUGCUCGGUGCAGCCCAUCCUGCUGGCUCCGAGUGACAGCACAAGAACCACGAAUGAGGUUAUACUAUACACUGAGCCAGACUUCAAGGGUGAGUGUCACAUCUUCGAUCGCAACCAGGAAGCACUGCCAGGGAAACUGUCGACCAAGUCCUGCCGAGUGUUGGGGGGAAGUUGGGCGUUCUACGAGGAUCAAAAGUUCUCUGGGAACUUAUAUGUUCUAUCUGAAGGAGACUACCCCAACUUAACCAGCAUGGGAUGUCCGCCCGGCACCAACAUCCAGUCUGUCAAAGUUGUGCCGCUGACGUUCUCUGUUCCCUCCAUCUCUCUGUUCGGCCUGGAGUGUCUGGAGGGCAGAGAGAUCACCAUAGACAGGGAGAUCCUCAGCAUGGUCGAGGAGGGCUACAACAACCACAUCCUGUCUGUCAGAGUCAACAGCGGCUGUUGGGUGAUAUGUGAGCACAGCAACUACAGGGGGCGCCAGUUCCUACUGGAACCAAUCGAAAUCACCAACUGGCCCAAGUUCAGCUCCCUGCAGACCAUUGGCUCGAUGUUCCCAGUCAGACAGAAGCGACACUUUUUCCGCAUCAAGAACAAAGAGAGAGGUCACUUCCUGUCCAUCCAGGGCGGCGUGGAGGAGAUGAAAUCAGGACGAGUGGUGGUGACACCAGAAGUGGAAGGCAUGACGGACAUCUGGUUCUAUCAGGACGGCUUCAUCAAGAGCAAGAUGUCCCAGACCAUGAGCCUCCAGGUGAUGGGCAACGUCGAGCCUGGAUCCAAGGUGGUUUUGUGGACCGAGACCAGGCAGCCCAUCCAGACCUGGACAGCCAAGAUGAGAGGCCUCAUCAGCAGCCUGACUUUCUCCGGCAUGGUCCUGGAUGUCAAAGGAGGUAAAACGUACGACAAGGACCAUGUGGUGAUCAUGCCGGAGAGCGAGGAGAGGCCGAGCCAGCAGUGGGAGAUCGAUCUGCUGUAACCUGCUCUGAACAUCAACGUCUUUUUGUUUCUGUCCCCACGACGAAGCUUCCCUCAGCAGUUCAUCCACAUCACGUUAGCUUUUCAAAAUAAAACUCCCUCAAGGCUCUGGGACUAACACUUUCGCUGCCUUUUGAUGUAAAUAAUUUCAGUGCCUUGAAAGUGUUUUUUACUUUUUUUUUUUUAAUUCCAUUUUCUCAAAGUCUGAAAAAUCAGGAAGCUGUCAUUGCCUUGACCUGGGUCAGUGGCCGGGUUCACCACAAGAGGUUGAAAGCAAGAAUAAAAGUAUUAGUUAUUGAACUGCUGUAUAUAAACCUUUUAUUUUGUAUGUAGUAACUGGGGCUUUGUAUUUGACUCUGACCUUUAUCUGGAGUUAUCACUGUCACUAUUUGGGUAUUCAAACUAUAAUGACUCUCUUUGUUUGAUUCCCCCGCUCAUGUAAAUUCUCCCAACUGUAGAAGCCCUUAGUCAUGAGUGCGUUGCUCACUUUAUUUUUAUACUGAAGCAAACCAAGUUAUCGUUUCCUGUGGACAUCGUGGAGCAGCAGCAAGCGGCUACAAUAUGCCUUUAAAUAAAAAUGUGUUAUUACAAAUGCUUCUGAAGCCACAUGAAAGGGAAGUGUGCAAGAGAAUAUAUAUUUGAAAGGUCUGCUUUGUACCGUACUGUAUGAACUAAUGUUAAGAGGGAAAUGUUGCAAUUAUAAAAAUGGGUUGUGUGUGUGUGCCCUUUUACUCUUUCUACUUCUUGAUGUAUUCUUGUUAUGAGUCACAUGUUACACAGAAUUUAAUGUUGCCUGUUAAUAUUUGAUACGAAAUAAAUUAUUAUGUAAAAAUGUCAUGUAAUAGGGAGUGGUUUUAAAGUGUUAAAUAAAUAAAAAACUUA